ACCCUCUCUUUACCACUUGAAGCAAUCUUUCCUCUAUUAUCUCGUCCUAUCUCCACAGUCGGCAUGGCCAACAACCUCAUUGUGUUUCGCCUUAACUCUUCUCUCUCGCUCUUACCUUCUCUCAUUAUUUGUUUAGUUAGAUAUUUUAUUUUAUUCUUUAUUAAAAAUUAAAAAAUAAUAAAAAUUAACUUUAAAUAGUUUAACAUUAUUUUAUUUUAUAUUUUUAAUUAUUAUUUAUUUUUGUAUUUUUUAAAUACUAUUAUAAUAAUUAAAUAGUAUUAAACGUAAUAUAUAUGUAAUUAUAAUUGUUUUACAUGUAUAAGACUAUAAGUAUUAAGUUAAAUAAACUACUAAAAAUUUUAAUUUAAUAUAGAUAUUCAAUUACAUUGAAACCCCAACUCCCCUUACCUUUGGUUGCUGCUGCUACGAAAGCUGCCAGAGUCGCCGCCGGGGACAUUGUUUCUCUCCUCUCGGGCGUAGUUGCCGGCCUCCGUCGUCCCUAAAGAAAUGAGCUCCACUUCAUUCACUUCACUUAGCUUCAACACUGCUUCCUCUUGGAACUUGAAGAGACGUGAAGGAGGGAAAGCAUAUGUUAGGUGUGGGAGCCGUGCUUCUUCAGAAAACACUGUUCGUGUUGGUGUUCUUGGAGCUAGUGGCUACACGGGUUCUGAGGUUCUUAGGCUUUUGGCGAAUCAUCCGCAAUUCGGGGUUGCUCUAUUGACUGCUGAUAGGAAAGCUGGACAGCCGAUUGCUUCCGUCUUCCCCCAUUUGGCCACACAGAAAUUGCCAGAUUUGAUUGCGGUCAAGGAUGCAGAUUUUUCUCAUGUGGAUGCUGUAUUCUGUUGUUUGCCGCAUGGAACCACUCAGGAAAUAAUUAGAGGCCUUCCCAAUCACUUGAAGAUUGUUGACCUUUCAGCAGAUUUUCGUUUACGUGAUAUAUCUGAGUAUGAAGAGUGGUAUGGCCAACCACACAGGGCACCGGAGUUGCAGAAAGAAGCUAUAUAUGGAUUAACAGAGAUUUUAAGGGAGGAAAUAAGGAAUGCACGCUUAGUUGCUAAUCCUGGUUGCUAUCCAACAUCCAUUCAAAUCCCCCUUGUCCCACUGAUAAAGGCAAAGCUUAUUGACAUAAAAAAUAUUAUUAUUGAUGCAAAAUCUGGUGUGAGUGGAGCAGGGCGUAGUGUCAAAGAAAAUUUAUUGUACACAGAAGUAGCUGAAGGUAUCAAUUCUUAUGGUGUUACCCGGCAUCGCCAUGUUCCAGAAACCGAACAAGGGCUAUCUGAUGCUGCACAUUCUAAAGUAACCAUCAGUUUUACCCCACACCUGAUGCCAAUGAUACGUGGUAUGCAAUCAACUAUUUAUGUGGAAAUGGCUCCAGGAGUAAGCACCGAGGACUUGUACCAGCAACUGAAGCGCUCUUAUGAAAAUGAAGAAUUUGCCGUUCUGUUGGGGAAUGGAGUAGUUCCCCGAACUCACAGCGUCAGAGGAACCAAUUACUGUUUAAUAAAUGUUUUUCCUGACCGAAUUCCCGGAAGAGCAAUAAUCAUAUCUGUGAUUGAUAAUUUGGUGAAAGGAGCUUCCGGACAGGCUUUACAAAACCUUAAUUUGAUGAUGGGGUUUCCAGAAAACCUAGGGCUGCAUUACCAGUCUCUGUUUCCGUAGAUGAGAGUGACCCCAGAAACCAAAUUAUAGUGUUCCAGCAAUGUUACUACAUUACAUAGCAUAGACAAUUUCUCCACUGCUAUCAAGGUCAAGGUCAGGAUCACUGUCUAGAUCCUCAUCCAUGUCAUCGUCGAUGUCCAAGCUUCCGGUGAGGUACUGGUUGAGGGACUGGCUUCCGGCUGGAGGAAUCAUGGCCUCGGAUAUUAUCUGCAUGAUCUCUUC